UUAUUGUACAGCUGCUAAAAUUAAAUGGAACGACAACACAAUAUGUGACUGCUUUAUGUGUGACAAGGAUAUGUGCAAUGAUGUUAUGAAACGAUUAAAUGAGGAUAAUAAUAAGACCGAAUCUCAAGUUGUAGUUGCUGCUACAAACCCUCCAAAAGUGAUUGUUGAAGCUCCUCCACCUAAACCUCCAGCCACUAAAAACUUUGCUUUUGGGAAAUAUUAUGGCGAUCAGUUUUUUAUUAUUUUCAUGUUGAUCAUUGGACGUUGGGGUAAAUAUUUAAAUUAUUUUAUCCAUAAUAUUUUUUAUUUAAGUUGGGCUUCACCUUCAGACUGGCAUUGGUAA